AUGUUACCCCUCGGUCUUUUGAACGCUGCCCAAGGGCAUCCCAUGCUCGUGGAGCUCAAGAAUGGCGAAACACUCAACGGCCACCUGGUCAUGUGCGACACUUGGAUGAACUUGACGUUGAAGGAAGUUGUACAGACGAGUCCCGAAGGCGAUAAGUUUGUGAAGAUACCCGAAGUUUAUGUGAAGGGAAACAAUGUACGGCCCACGAACUCGGAUUGGCAUUCAGACUGGAGCGCUUGA